AUGGAGUUUGUAGUUGCAAGACAGCAAAAGUAUUUGCAGGCGAAAAUUGGUGGGUGGAAGACGAAAUGCACGAUGAGGAGGAAGAAGAUGAAGACAAGAAGGCCGUUUGGGGCAGAAGCAACCUCUAGCGGUGAGGAAAUCCCAGCAGAGGAAGAGGCAGAGGUGUUACGAUUGCAGAGGGAGAAAGCAAAAUCAUUAUCAAUGGAGGACUUUGGGCUUAAAGAUAUUAGUCCACAUGAGGCCACUGUGGAACCGACUUUAGGGGAAAUUAUGGUUGGAGGAGAAGGUAAGUUUGAAUCUGGCGUACACGAAGGCACUGGAGAUGAUAUUGUGACAGCUUUUGAGGAGGUAAAAAAAGAUUUGAAUGCACUAUCAAAGGAGGAGCAAAUGGAUGUUGUAUAUAGUUCUGCUCCAGAAUUGGUGGGACUGCUGUCUGAGCUGAAUGAUGCAGUUGAAGAGCUUGAAAGCAGAAUCAAUCCACUUCUAAGCAAGGUUAAAAAGAGGGAAAGUGCAAUGAAAGGAGGAUCAUGCUAUUUGGAAGUAAAGCAGGUUCUGCUGCUGGCCUAUUGCCAAGCAAUUACCUUUUAUCUCCUCCUUAAGUCUGAGGGACAACCAGUUCGUGAUCAUCCUGUUAUAGCUCGCCUUGUGGAGAUCAAAAGCUUAUUGGAGAAGAUGAAACAACUUGAUGAAAACCUUCCAUCUCACCUCAAGGAGAUUCUAAAACAAAGUACUUCAGAUGAAAAGCCAGAAAAGUUGGUGAAUGACGAAAAUUUGUUGCAAUCUGAUGAUUCUGAUGAAGAUGACAAGUCCAUUCCACUGCCUAUUGAUGUUCAAGAUCAAGAGUCAAAAAAUCCUCAUGAACCCGUUCAGGACGAUGAGAAUAAUGGAGAGAAACAUAAACCUCAGGUCAUAUCAGGUGAUGAUGAUUUGCCAAGGAGGGAUGAGACUGGAGAAAGGCAGAGGAAACAUGAGCUUCAAGUUUUGGCUGGAGCUGGAGUUAAGUCAGAAGAUGAUCUUGGUGAGGAAGAUGGUAAUUUUGAGGCUAAUGGAGGUGCUGACUCUGAGGAAAGUGAAUCUGAAGAGUCAGCUGAUGAGUUUUAUAAGCAAGUGAAGCAGCAACGAGCUGCAAAACUCGCCGCCAAAGCAGAGAUGUAUACAAGGGAUCCGGCAAUUCCAUCCUUGCCUGAAACAGUCUAUGGAAAGCGCCACAUCACUUAUCAGAUGGAGACAAAUAGAGGAUUGACCCGUAAUCGGAAGAAACAAACGAAAAAUCCAAGAAAGAAGUACCGGAGUAAGCAUGAGAAGGCAGUGGUCCGACGAAAAGGGCAAGUUCGGGAGAUCAGGAAGCCUUCUGGACCUUAUGGUGGGGAAGCAUCUGGUAUUAAUGCAGGAAUCAAUCGAAGCAUGAGAUUCAAGAGCUAA